GAACAUAAUACAAUACCAGGAUCAACAUCCGACUGAAUGAUGGAGGACGACGAUCUCGAAUACGAUAUAACAUUUCCUUCGCCUGUGCAUGCAGAUGUAGCGAGCGCGGAAGAGAUUGGAUUUAAUAACAGAAGAGAACCUGUUGUUAUUCUCCUAGGAUGGCUGGGCUGUCGGGAAAAGCAUUUGUCAAAAUAUGGACAGAUAUACGAUCAAAGAGGGUGCAUCACCAUCCGUUACACGUCACCAAGAGACGUGGCUUUCUUUAACAUGGAGAAGUUGGAUGAUAUUGCUUGUAAGAUACUGGACCUUCUUAAGGACUACUCGAUAGAGGAGAACCCUGUCAUUUUCCACAUCUUCAGCAACAACGGCAGUUAUGUGUACUCGCAUAUAGUGAAGGUUCUCACAAACGGAGAUGAGAGGUACAGAUUCAUUAAAGUAUGUGGAGUGGUAAUUGACAGUGCACCUGGCAAGCCACGACUAAUGAAUGCUGCAAAGGCUUACAGCAUGAGCUUGCACGUAAAUCCAUUCCUAAAAUACAUCGCGUUUUUCGGAGUGAUUUCCUACCUUUGGUUCACGGGUAUCAUUUCACGACUACGGAGCAUGUUCUACCCAGAAGUCAAGCAAAAGUCCAAUUUCUUCCUGUUUGACAAUAUGGCGGGUGAUUCCACAAGAUGGCCAAUGUUGUUUCUCUACUCAAAAUCAGACAGUGUAAUCAUGUACUACGACAUUGAAGACAUGAUGAGUCAGCGCCGAGCUCUAGGCGUGCACGUUAGUAGCGUGUGCUGGGACGACACUUCCCACGUGGCACACCUGCUCGUGCAUAAAGACGAGUACGAGAGAGCUUGUGAAGAUUUUCUUGAGUAUUGUCUUGGUGGCGAGUGUGAACUAAUUCUUGAUGAGGAGGAGGAGUUUGAAACUGAGGAAGACUAUUUGCUCGCUAAAAAGGAGUAAGAAUAUUUGUUUUUGUUGGUUUGUGUAGUUUAUUUAAUAUUGUUUUCUGGUGCUUUAUUCCCUUUUGUUACGAGUUAGUUUUGACUUUUUAUUAGAUCACACACGUAUGUUUAUUAACAUUGGCAUUAUUGUAUAUUGUAAUUGCGCCCUUACAUUCCUUUUUUGUGAUAUAAAGGCGCCACACAAAAUUUGUUUUAAUGUUUGAUGUGGUCGUUAGGAUGUUUUAUAGUCCUUUAGUUUAGGUUAUAUGUUUAUAAUCUGCAUGCCUAUUUGUAAAUCCAGCAUUGCAUUUGCAUUUGUUAAUGAUGCUUAUAAUGUGCCAUAUAUAAACAACAUUCAGGUGGUAUUAUAUUUGUUUGUUCAAAUGUAUGUUUUGAUGAUGCAUUUCCAAGUAUAUAAUAUUUUUUUUAGAUACCUCUCACUCUUAAACAGACAUUCCCAAAAAUUCUUUAAGUCCAAUGGACAUCAGGUCUUGUAGACUUUUUAAUUUACAGGAACGGACUGGGAUUCAUACAAGGGCAACAUCAAGUCACCAACUCAACAAUUUAUUGACACAAUGAUAAAUCAAAAUGAUUAUUUGUGAUUACCAAAGUGAAUAAGAUUUUUUAAAUUCAAGUCUUCAAAUUCAAAAUCACUCUUAUAGUCACAGGGCCCUCAAUCUGUCAAAUUCACGGCCGAAAUUCAGCCGCGUUCCCCCACCUGAAAAGUACACUUUUUUCCCCUUUUGGAAAGAAAAAUUCCCCCUAAAAAAAAAAUAUAUUUUUUUUUUAGAUAGAUGUGUCUCAUGAUUAUUAUAUCUCAAUUCUAAUUUAAUUUAAUCUUGUCAAACAUACUUAAUUAUGAAAAAAGCAAUGAAUAUAGUGCAAACAUGUACAAAUGUAAUAAUUAGAUCUUGUAAGUAAAAAAUCCCCCAAAAAGAGAAACGCCGCGAAAAUUCCCCCUGCUAUGGGUAGCGACCCGCUUCUGCUAAAAUGGAUUGAGGGCCCUGAGUCAGAGUCACAGACAGGGCUCAUACACUUCAUGUGUAUCUGGUCAAAGCUUAACAAAGAUCACCUUUGGUCCCAUUCACUGCACAACAAUCUAUAUCUGGUCGUUUGUUCUCAAAGAGUUUUGUUUUCUUCAUUUUGUUUUCUAGUUGCGUAGGUGGAAAGGGACGUUUCUGCCCUGAUUUGGCUACCUCAAAAUAGUGUAGAAAACCAUGGACCUAUACAAAGGUCCCUGAGAAAACUUAUUUGAUUAAAAAACGAUUGCGCUAGAAUAACAUUAAGCCGCAGAAUACGAGAACCAAUAGACCAGUGAAACGUAAGGAUAACACCCGCUACUUUAUACUUGCUUAGGAGAAAGUGUCGCAAUUUCAAUUCAUUCGCAAUAAUAUCAUGAAAGAAAGCAAAUAAAAAUGAUGUUAUUUUUUCUGCUUGUAUUUCAUUUGAGCUCAUUUUUGUUUUCAUCUUUAAAUUCUAUUUAAUAAAUCAACUUUUAUUCUUGAAUUAUUUCCUGGACGUUCGGACUAGUAAUUUUGCAUUUUUAAUCGAACCUGUCUUAAAAUGUUUGGUCAGGUCCACCAGUGAACUUUUGGGAAUGUCUGAUCUUAAGACAUAUUAUCAUGCUUCCUUUAAAACUUUGGCUAUAUUGCUAUGCAUGUGUCCAUUGGUCAGAUUGUUGGUUGGUUGGUCCAAUUUGUUUCCUAACUACAUCAAGAGAACGCUUUGAAGCAUGAUCAUCCAUUUUGGCAUGAUUGCUUCUUGUAAACUGUGUGAGUACAACAAGUCAUGGUCAUGACUCAAACAGAAAUGUAAUACUAAACAAUCUCUUUAUUAAUUGCAGAUGCACCUCACUGCAAGUCUGGGGGAGGGGGGAAGGGGCCAUGCCUGUUUUACAAUGAUCUCUUGUACAGCCUGUUCUUGCUGUUUAAAUGUAGCAGAAUAACCAAUAGUUCUUUUUUAAAUUUAUAAGGACAUUAAUUAUGUGUGUUGUAAUCAUUGAAUGCUUAGGCUUGUAGUCAGGAUUUAUGGAAUCCAAAAAUUGCAUAAUCCUGGUCAUAUACACAUGUACAAAACUGAAUGAAUUCGUACAUUUAAAUGCACACCUAAAUUUCAUUAUCUGUGCAUAUUUAUUAUGUAUUAAACAUGCAUGUCAUAUUGUUGUUAUGGGUAAAAUACAAUUCUUUUACCUUCAGAUGGUACCUACAACAAAAGUUUCAACAUUCUUUUUCAAAAUGAAUCACCGCUCUGGGAAAAUGGGUUUUAUGCAUGUGCGUAAAGUUUGUCCCAUAAAUGGGCUUUAUGCAUGUGCGUAAAGUUUGUCCCAGAAAUGGGCUUUAUGCAUGUGCGUAAAGUUUGUCCCAGAAAUGGGCUUUAUGCAUGUGCGUAAAGUUUGUCCCAGAAAUGGGCUUUAUGCAUGUGCGUAAAGUUUGUCCCAGAAAUGGGCUUUAUGCAUGUGCGUAAAGUUUGUCCCAGAAAUGGGCUUUAUGCAUGUGCGUAAAGUUUGUCCCAGAAAUGGGCUUUAUGCAUGUGCGUAAAGUUUGUCCCAGAAAUGGGUUUAUGCAUGUGCGUAAAGUUUGUCCCAGAAAUGGGCUUUAUGCAUGUGCGUAAAGUUUGUCCCAGAAAUGGGCUUUAUGCAUGUGCGUAAAGUUUGUCCCAGAAAUGGGCUUUAUGCAUGUGCGUAAAGUUUGUCCCAGAAAUGGGCUUUAUGCAUGUGCAUAAAGUUUGUCCCAGAAAUGGGCUUUAUGCAUGUGCGUAAAGUUUGUCCCAGAAAUUGGCUUUAUGCAUGUGCGUAAAGUUUGUCCCAGAAAUAGGCUUUAUGCAUGUGCGUGAAGUUUGUCCCAGAAUUGGGCUUUAUGCAUGUGCGUAAAGUUUGUCCCAGAAAAGUCUGUGCAGUCCACACAAGCUUAUCAGGGACGACACUUUCCACUUUAAGGGAAUUUUUCAUUUAAAGGAAGUCGUUUUAAAUGAAAAUCUAGUCUAGAGGGAAAAUAUCGUCCCUGAUAAGCAUGUAAGAGGUCCUAUAUGCCCAUGCAUAAAGCCUCAUUCUCCAAGAGUGCAGCUCAAGUACUGAAAGCAGUUCAUUAUAGUAUUUUAUAACACAUUUGGGCCAAAGCUACAGGAUGUGUAACUUCACUAUUAGCAUAACACGAUACAGUUUAUACAAAACAUAUUUGUGAAGUUGUGGUAAUAAAGUCCCAGCCAUGGGAAUAGCUAAAAGCAAUGUCCAUCAAAUCUUCUGCAAGUCAAUUAUCCAUGUGCAUUUAAUUGCAGAUAUAAUUUGUUGCUUUUUAACUUGACACAUAAAACUAAUUGUGUAACUUCACACUGUAAUUUUAAUGCAUUGACUCAUUGGUUAUGUCUAGUCAUAGAAUAUUUACUGUUCAUGUAGAUAUAUGUUGUAGUUUAUAACAUGUUGUACUAUAUCCCUUCAGUAUUCCUCCUACUUUUAUAGAAUAAUUCUAUUUGUGAUACUAGUAUACUGUAUUAAUUAAAGUUUAUUUAAUUGUAUCCAAUACUUUACGGUGAGUGCUGAGAAGAAACUAUUAAAACAAAACUCAUUUUUAAGCCAUAUUCAUUUGUCUAAAACCAAUUUGGAUUGGUAAGGCCUGUCCAUUAUUCCCUCCAACUUUAUUAGGUUAACCCUUGAUGACUGGUUUCGUAUAACAUCAAUACCACAUGCUACAAAAAUUUCAUACUUGUUUUGAUGUUUGAAGUUUGAGCACUCUCAACACUUCCACAUCACCUGACCUCAUUGCACUCUCAACACUUGCACAUCACCUGACCUCAUUUGACCUUGACAUUGACCUCAUUUUGGACAAAGACUUAGACAUGUGGGCCAUUGAGUCAAUCUUGAGAAGGCUUCCACAGGCGGCCUCACUGUUUAUUGAAUGCAGCAUCUUGUUACAUUUUUUUUUUAAUUUUUGUCAUAGAAUCUCAGCGUUUUGUCAUAUUUGGCAUUGUUUGUUUAGUUUAAAUAUGCUUGGACAAUGUACGAGAAAAUACAGGUCUCAUAUCAGCUUGAUAAAAAACUAUUACAGAAUUUACAGUAUAAAUUCAACUGUUAUUUAUGGUGUUGUAAGUGGCUAAAAAGCUUUCUUGGGAAUAACCAGUACUUGGUGUAAAUCUCGAGGAUGCUUCGAGAGUUGGGAUUAAACCCAUAUACCCCUGACUGAUAGGUUGACACAAUAUGCACUAAGCCACUGUGAUCUUAAAGUUGUCAUAGUAUUUGUCAUGUUACAGGUUUAAAGUUUAGAUAUAUUAGUCCUCAAAAUUCGAGCCUUGAUUAAGUAUAGUCCCAUUUUGGGACGGAAAGUGUGAUUAGCUUGUGCAAACUGCUAAGGCUACUAUGGGAUGACACUACGCAUCAUAUUAUUUACAAAAUACCUUACCACUUAUUUAAAUUUACCCUUUACCACUGAGAUAUGUAUUUUGAAGCAUAUGUAGUCUCUUAGAUAUUUAAUAAAAGACCUUUCUUACUAGCUUGUAGUUUUAAAAACAUCAUUUUCAACCCUUAGAUACUUAUAAGCAGCAAACAGCAUAAAACCUGAACGGACUGCAAGUUAUUCGCAGGCUGUUCUGGUUUUAUUGUGUUUGCAAAUAUUCAUUUCCACUUUGCUUCUUAUGGGGGGAAAGAGUUAACAGUGGGCAGUACAGAGAAACUGCUAUAAGUAUUGUACUUCGUUAAAAAGUGAUUUUUCUUUGAGAUUAGAUAUAGCCUAGUAUCAUUUACAAUUUAAUGAUAGCACCUGUGUCAGGUACAAUGACUUAAUGAAGGCACACUUUGUACUGUUGUAUACCUGUAUUGAACCAAAUGUUAAAUUUUGUUGCUUUGUCAUUUGGUAAUUAUAUUUUUAGUGUUUGGAUUUGCUCUGUUUGUUUUGGCAAAAACAAUCGCUUUCAAACAUUGUAAUUGUAAACAGCAAUCUGUGAUUUAAAUCUGAAAGAGUUGUCAACAGCUCAACUUAAAGUAUAAUUGUUAAGAAAUGAAACUGUGUUAUACAUAUUUUUUAUCAAAUCAUAGUGUGCAGUAUUUUUGAAAAAAGGUUUUUUAAGAAAAAUUAUGAAUUACUUUUAUUAAGGUAACAUAUCACAAUAAUUACCAAUUGUCAUCAAUGAAAAUAAAACAAUAAUAUUUUUAACAAUUUAGAAAUCUGUUAAUAAGACAAAUAUUUUUUUACUGAAAAUCUGUACAUUCCUAUCAAAUUCAUGUUGUGUUUCUUUUGCUCCUAGACUGUUAUUGACUUUCAAUGCACAUGUUAAAUAUGUGGCUUGUUUUCUACUUAAUGAUUAUUGUGCUUUUGUAUUAAAGUAAAGAAUUACA